AUGAAGUUCACAGUGGUCUUACACGCCGUGCUCAGCGCGGCCUCCCUUCUGCCGGCCGCCCGUCGUUCAAGUCUCAGACGCCGCCUUAACACGCUCCUCCCGCACAGUUCGGAAGACAACAGCCCCCGUGAGUUGAAAUACGACAGCAACUGGGCCGGAGCCGUCUUGACCGGGGCUGGCUACCGGACCGUCACCGGCACGAUCGCGGUCCCCACCUUGAAGCUCCCGCCCGGAGCCAACAGCAGCGUGCUCCACGCCGUCUCGGCCUGGGUGGGCAUCGACGGCGAGCGCGACUGCCCCAACGCGAUCCUGCAGGCGGGCGUGGACAUGUUCAUGAACCACAGCAUCUUGUCCUACUGGGCAUGGAUCGAAUGGUUCCCCAGCCACAUCCAGUACCUUCCCAUGUCGAUCCGGCCCGGCGACGCGGUGACGCUCAACGUGACGGCGCCGACGCUCGACUCGGCCGUCUUCAGCCUGACGAACCACCGGACGGGCCAGCGCGACGUCGCGCGGCUGACCGGCCAGGCGCCGCUGCUGUGCGGCUUCAGCGCCGAGUGGAUUGUCGAGGACUUCUGGGCGAGCGACGGCGUGCCGCUGCCCGACUUCGGAAGCGUGCCGUUCAUCUCUGCGCAGUUCGCCACCGACUCGGGCGUCGUCGGUGGCGUGGAGGACGCCCGGCUGGACGGCGUCAAGGAGCGGGCCGACGGGCCGCCCGUGAUCCAGUGCUUCAAGACAAGCUGGGAGGGGGUGAUGUGUGCUUUCCAGAACGCGACGAAUCCGUGA